AUGUCGCAGGAGGUCUCGACUCUCCGCGGACAAUCCGGUGGCGCGCCACGCUUCCAGGUGUUCAACCGCCGCUCGAAAUGGUUGCAGAAGGAGCGUGCUGCAGCCAACCCAGAGCUUAGUCGGGAGACAGACUAUCUGAAGGAUGAGGUGGCCGUCCGACUUACCGAGCGUCUACUUGAUAUCAAACGACACUUCCCCAAGGUCCUCGAUGUUGGAGCCAACUCGUGCAACAUUGCUCGCGCUCUGGUACAGCCGAAUCCAGAUCCAGAUCCCUCGAAGCCAGACUCGACGCCCAUCUCCACGCGCAUCACCGAACUAGUGGCAGCUGAAUCGUCCGAGGCUCUGCUGUACCGAGACGCCAAGCUCGACUUCAAUGACCAGUUGAAUAUCACCCGCCACGUCCUCGAAGACGAGGAGACUCUGCCGUACGAACCGGAGUCGUUCGAUUUGGUCAUGAGCAACCUCAGCAUGCAUUGGAUCAACGACCUGCCAGGUACACUCACUCAAAUCAACAACAUUCUCAAGCCGGAUUGUCCGUUCAUUGGGGCUAUGCUCGGCGGCGACACUCUUUUCGAGUUACGGACAUCGCUCCAGCUCGCCGAGCAGGAGAGGCGGGGAGGCAUGUCUCCCCGCGUGUCACCUUUGGCCGACGUCCGUGAUGUCGGAGGUCUACUACAGAAAGCAGGGUUUAAAAUGCUGACGGUCGAUGUGGACGACAUUGUCGUCGACUAUCCCGACACAUUCACCUUGAUGCAGGAUCUCCAGGCCAUGGGCGAGUCGAACGUGAUUCUCGGAAGGGAAAUGGGGCCAAUUAGCAGAGAUCUGCUGCUUGCCAACGAAGCCAUUUAUCGCGAACUACAUGGCAACGAAGAUGGUACGCUGCCAGCUACUUUCAGGAUCAUCUACAUGAUCGGGUGGCACGAAAGUCCCGAUCAAGCAAAGCCCCUACCGCGGGGCAGCGGUGAUCUCAACCUCAAGGAUAUCUUGGAGCAAAAGUGA